UGUCCCAAGCUGCCGCCUCGGCGCCAUGGACCCCUGUGCUGUGCAGCAGAAGCCCGGGCCUUUCCCUGAACCCGGACGGCUGCACUUUUGUCCCGAUCGCCCAGGCGAUCCCUCUGCAGGUGGACAUGGCCAUGGCCCUGCAGCGCGUGAGGAUUGCCGAGAAGUACGGGAAGAGCUACCUCUGCCUCCUGCAAGCGGUCUUCUUCGCAGAAACUGAGCUGCUCCUCCGUGUAAAGGACAUCAGUCAUUUCUUAAUGCAAGACAUCGCCUUUUUGUCUGGUGGCCGGGGAAAGGACAAUGCUUGGAUCAUUACGUUUCCAGAAAACUGUAAUUUUAGAUGUAUACCAGAGGAAGUAAUAGCAAAAGUACUCACUUACCUCACAUCUAUUGCAAGGCAAAAUGGAUCUGACUCCCGGUUUACCAUUAUUUUGGAUCGAAGAUUGGAUACAUGGUCUUCUCUCAAAAUUUCUCUCCAAAAAAUCUCAGCUUCGUUCCCUGGGAACCUGCAUUUGGUUUUGGUUUUACGUCCUACCAGUUUUCUUCAACGAACUUUCACAGACAUUGGGUUUCGAUUUAGUCAAGAGGAUUUCAUGCUCAAAUUACCGGUUGUUAUGCUGAGCUCAGUUAGUGAUUUGCUGACAUACAUUGAUGACAAGCAAUUAACCCCUGAGUUAGGCGGCACCUUGCAGUACUGCCACAGUGAAUGGAUCAUCUUCAGAAAUGCUAUAGAAAAUUUUGCCCUCACAGUGAAGGAAAUGGCUCAGAUGUUACAGUCCUUCGGAACUGAACUGGCUGAGACAGAACUACCAGAUGAUAUUCCUUCAAUUGAAGAAAUUCUGGCAAUUCGUGCUGAAAGGUAUCAUCUGUUGAAGGAUGAUAUUACAGCUGUAACCAAAGAAGGAAAAAUUCUGCUAACAAAUCUGGAAGUGCCUGACACUGAAGGAGCUGUCACUUCAAGACUAGAACGUCAUCAGCAAAUAACUGGUGACUGGCAAACUAUUAAUAAAUUGCUGACUCAAGUACGUGAUAUGGAAACAGCUUUUGAUGGAUUUUGGGAAAAACACCAAUUAAAAAUGGAGCAGUAUCUGCAACUAUGGAAGUUUGAGCAGGAUUUUCAAGAGCUCGUGACUGAAAUUGAAUUUCUAUUAAACCAACAAGCAGAGCUGGCCGAUGUAACAGGGAAUAUAGCUCAAGUAAAACAAAAAAUAAAAAAGUUGGAAAGCUUAGAUGAAAACUCUCAGGAUCUGUUAGCAAAGGCCCGAUUUGUGAUAUUACAUGGACACAGGCUUGCUGCAAAUCACCAUUAUGCACUUGAUUUAAUCUGCCAGAGGUGCAAUGAGCUACGUUACCUUUCUGAUAUUUUGGUUAAUGAGAUCAACACAAAACGGGUACAGCUCAGCAGGACCUUGAAAAUGCAUAAACUCCUCCAGCAGGCUCGUCAGUGCUGUGAUGAAGGGGAAUGCCUUCUAGCUAACCAGGAAAUAGAUAAGUUUCAGUCUAAAGAGGAUGCUCAGAAAGCCCUCCAAGACAUUGAAAAUUUUCUUGAAAUGGCUUUACCCUUUAUAAAUUAUGAUGUUGAAACUCUACAGUAUGAAUUUGAUGUAAUUUUAUCUCCUGAACUCAAGGUCCAAAUGCAGACUAUACAACUCAAGCUUGAAAAUAUUCGAAGUACAUUUGAGAACCAGCAGGCUGGUUUCAGGAACCUGACGGAUAAGCAUGUGAGGCCAAUCCAAUUUGUGGUACCUACACCUGAAAAUUUGAUCAGAUCUAGAGCUCCAUUUUUUUCAUCUAAACAUGGGAAGAAGACUUGGAGACGAAAUCAGAGCAACUUAAAAAUUGAAGUGGUGCAUGAUUGCCGGGAGCAGAGAAGUUCUGGUCAAUCCUCCAGUUUGGACAAUGCUAAUAGCUUGGAUGUUUUAAAGAACCAUGUCCUAAAUGAGCUGAUACAGACUGAAAGGGUAUAUGUUCGAGAGCUAUUUACUGUUUUGUUGGGCUAUAGGGCAGAGAUGGAUAAUCCAGAGAUGUUUGAUCUUAUGCCACCUCUCCUGAGAAAUAAAAAGGACAUUCUCUUUGGAAAUAUGGCAGAAAUAUAUGAAUUCCAUAACAGCAUUUUCAUGAGCAGCCUGGAAAAUUGCACUGACGCUCCAGAAAGAGUGGGACCUUGUUUCCUGGAAAGGAAGGAUGAUUUUCAGAUGUAUGCAAAAUAUUGUCAGAAUAAGCCCAGAUCAGAGACGAUUUGGAAGAAGUAUUCAGAAUGCGCCUUUUUCCAGGAAUGUCAAAGAAAAUUAAACCACAGACUUGGUCUGGAUUCCUAUUUACUCAAACCAGUGCAACGAAUCACUAAAUACCAGUUACUGUUGAAGGAGCUAUUAAAAUAUAGCAAAGACUGUGAAGGAUCUGCUCAGUUAAAAGAGGCACUUGACACAAUGCUCGAUUUACUGAAGUCAGUUAAUGACUCCAUGCAUCAGAUCGCAAUAAAUGGGUAUAUUGGAAACUUAAAUGAGCUGGGCAAGAUGAUAAUACAAGGUGGAUUCAGUGUUUGGAUAGGACACAGGAAAGGUGCUACAAAAAUGAAGGAUUUUGCUAGAUUCAAACCAAUGCAGCGACACCUUUUCUUGUAUGAGAAAGCCAUUAUUUUUUGUAAAAGACGUGUUGAAAGUGGAGAGGGCGCUGAUAGAUACCCGUCAUACAGUUUUAAGCACUGCUUGAAAAUGGAUGAAGUUGGAAUCACCGAAUAUGUAAAAGGUGAUAACCGCAAGUUUGAAAUCUGGUAUGGUGGGAAAGAAGAAGCUUAUAUUGUCCAGGCUCCUAAUGUAGAUGUAAAGAUGUCAUGGGUAAAAGAAAUAAGAAAUAUUUUGCUGAAGCAACAGGAACUUAUGACAGUUAAAAAACAAAAGCAACAGAAUCAGUUAACAGAACAGGAUCAGCUUUCUCCUCAGCAGAAUGAUGGAGACCUGUGUCGGAGAUGGCUCUCCUAUUUUGAUGAAGCUACUAUGCAAAUGGCAAGUAGCCCUUUCCUGCCUGCUCCUCAGCCCAUUUGGAAAAAAUACUACUCGCAAGACAUUCAGCCCAAAUGAUGUGGAUGUUGUUUUCAGGUUAAUUCCCUUGGACACACAAACAAUCAACAGCACAUAAUUAUUUCUUUUCUUUCAUUUUAUAAAAAUUUUAAUUGUACUCUUUCCUUUUAAAAUCAUGUAUUCAAUGUGUAAGAUAUUGUGCAGGAAAGAUUCUCAUCUCAGAAUACUUUUGGACUUGAAAAUCAUUUCUUCCCUGUCUACUUUGUAACCAAAUGCAAUCAGUGUGCCUUGUAUUAUUUAGCUUAUUAAUGAAUUGAGUUAAAAUUAUGGCUGCAAAAUGACUAAGGUCAAGUAAAGCACAACAUUAGGCUUUAAUAUGCUUUAAUUGGACCCAGAGCUUUUGUGCCCAUUAUUUUA